AUGGCGGCUUGUGCGGCUAAAGGAGGCUGCCCGAGCGAUUACGUGUCCUUCUCCAUCUCCGUCGUCUGUUUUAUACUACUUCUUGCAAAGGUUAUUGCGCCCUAUCGAGGUCAUAAAAUUGCACGACCCAAAGGGAGAAACCUUUGGCUCAUUGCAAUACAAGUUUUUGCCAGCUUUAACCUCUUAUUGUCAACUGUGAUGGCCCUUGGUUUUUUUAGAAUCAGAAGGCGCAAUUGGUGGAAUUCAUGCUAUAUAUGGGCUGUUUGGGUUGAAGGUCCACUAGGAUUUGGCUUGCUGCUGAGCUGUCGUAUUCUACAGGCUUUCCAACUAUAUAACAUAUUUGUUAAGAGGCGUUUACCACCAAUUAGAUUAUGUUUGUUUAUUUCACUGGCGCUGUUGCCCUGGAUUGCAAGUGCAGCAUUUAUCAACAUUGAAAAGCCUUUGAGCAACCGUUGCCACUUUGGGAUUCAGUACAUUAUCCCAGACCUCUGGCGAGGGAUUUUGGUCUCCACAUGUUGCAUCGGGUUAUGGGUGGUUUCUUACGUCUUGAACGAGACACAUGAGAGUAACGCGUUACUUCAAAUCAUUUCAAGAUCCGUAUUACUUCUUAUGACAAGUGUCCUUGUGCUGGCAUUUUUUACUACAUCAAUAUCACAACCUCUCGUCUCACUUAUGAGCAUGAGGGAAAAGAACCACCCAGUGAGCGGUAUGAUGGGCUGGGCUCUGGGUAUACCAGAUAGCGGGCUUCUAGUGGACCGGGAACUGACCCAUUUGGUAAAUCCCAGUGUGCCUUUGGAUAAGCUUCUUAUGAACAGAAGAUUCCGUCGCUCAUAUAUGGACUUUGCCGAUAGCUGCAUGGCUGGGGAGAGUGUCCAUUUCUAUGAGGAGGUUCAACAGCUUGACAAAAUUCCAGUUACCGAUCAUGUGAGAAGAAUUUACAUGGCACGACACAUUAUCGACCAUUAUAUCACUCCUGGUGCAGCCAUGGAGGUGAACAUUUCUCAUCGAUGUAGGCAAGAAAUUCUAUCCACUCCAGAUUUGGCGCACCCCAAUCUCUUUAAAAAUGCACUAAAUGAGUUGAUACAGUUGAUGAAAAUGAAUAUGGCAAACAACUAUUGGUCAUCAACGUUCUACAUGAAGCUAAAAGAAGAGAUUAGAAUGAAAGCAUUCGAGCACGAGCUCGAACACAAUGGCUGGAGUUUUUCCAACAGGCUGAGUUCUAUUCACUGUGUGGAUGACCCUUUUCACCACGAACACAGCCCAAGAAAGUCCGGUUCUAGUAUUCGUGACUUGGAACCUCAAUGA